AUUGUUGUUACCAUCCAAAAUACAAAGCUAGCUCUUCUAAGCUCAUAAACACCCUUUCCUUAAUAGAAGGGGGCGCCAAAAUAGGGUGAUUUUGGUUCAAUCAAUGAUUUUGAUUUGAGUUAAGUUUUAAUUAAAUUUAAGUUUUAAUUACAGAUUAAAAUUAUUAACUUUCUUUUAAAAAAAAUGAUUUUAAAAUUAAAUUAAACUGGCUAACUUAAGUCUAAUUUUAAUCUGUUUCAAUUUUAAGAUUGAAUCAAUCCGAUCUUAAUUACCAACUGGACGUGCUCGGCGUCGGCCUAUGCCCAAACUUUCUGCUAUUGGACACCCAAAACACGAGAGUUUUAGGUGAAACCUUGGAGGCAGAUUUCUGCCUUCACUCUCUCAUCCAACAGUAGCUACUCAUCUCCAUCGCCUGCCAUAAUCAAGCAAAGCUUAUUCGAUCUCUUUCCCUCUCUGGCCUUCGCUCGCGCUCUACUUGCUUGCUCUUUCUGUGCUUUCACACUCUCUGAUUCUUUGUCACUGGAUCAUUUUCCCUUUUGCCCAAAUACUAGGUUUCUUUUCAGGAUUGAUUGACUAAAAUUGGAGUCCAAACCAGCCAAAGCGACGCUUAUUCAUUCACUUUCAGAUUGUAAAUCAGUAUCACUUCUUGAUGCAGACUGAGAAGGCACUUUUGAAGCAAUUGAAAAGUUUCCUACACCUCUGCCUCCCAGUUUACUAAUUUUCUGAAUACAUUGAUUUUGACUUUUGGCGUGGAUAACAUUGACAAGCAAUUAUUGGAUUCACAUAUUGAUCCAUAGGCUAGUUACGGGAUUCUCGCUGCACGCAUUUUUUAUCUUAGCUAAUCAGUUUCAACCAUGGAAGGCCAAAAGCUCCAAAUGCAUGAGAGAUCCACCAACACACAGCAGCUUUUGUGGUUCUUUGGCAUAGCAGCAUGCAUAAAGCUCCUACUGAUCCCAUCAUACCACAGCACAGACUUUGAGGUCCAUCGACAUUGGCUCGCUUUAACCCACUCACUCCCUCUCCGUCAGUGGUACUUUGAAGAGUCUAGCCCAUGGACUCUUGAUUACCCUCCAUUCUUUGCCUAUUAUGAAUGCAUUCUCUCCUUCUUUGCCCAUUUGAUUGACCCCCAAAUAGUUGACAUCCACAGAGGCCUCAAUUAUGAAUCAAACACAGUAGUCUAUUUCCAAAGGAUUAGCGUGAUUGUCUCAGAUUUGUGUCUUUUAUAUGGUGUUUAUAGAUUGAAUAAGAAUUUGGAGUUCAGAAAGAGAACUUUAAUGUGUUUAUUGGUGGUUUGGUCCCCAGGCCUUAUAGUGGUGGACUCUAUGCAUUUCCAGUACAAUGGGUUUUUGCUAGGGCUAUUGAUGUUGUCCAUUUCCUACUUGCAAGAAGGGAGGGAUUUGAUGGGUGGCUUCUUUUUUGCGAUUUUAUUAUGUUUUAAGCACUUGUUUGCUGUGGCUGCACCAGUUUAUUUUGUGUACUUGUUGAGGCAUUAUUGUUGGAAAGGUUUGUUAAGGGGUUUUUGGCAGCUUAUAUCUAUGGGGAUUGUCGUCAUGGUGGUUUUUGCUGCUGCAUAUGGUCCAUUUUUGUAUCAUGGACAGAUACAACAAGUUAUCAGCCGCAUGUUUCCUUUUGGCAGGGGGCUUUGCCAUGCAUACUGGGCCCCAAAUUUUUGGGUGUUUUAUAUUGCAUUAGAUAAAGGGCUAGCUAUAUUUCUCAGAAAACUUGGUUUGAACAUCCAAGCGCCAGCAGCUUCAUUUACUGGUGGUUUGGUGGGUGAUUCACCACCAUUUUCUGUAUUGCCUAAGAUCACUCCCAUUACAACCUUCAUCAUGGUCUUGCUUGCCUUAUCUCCUUGCCUUUUUAAGGCAUGGAAGAAUCCCCAACCGCAGUUGGUUGCAAGAUGGAUUGCUUAUGCUUAUACAUGUGGCUUUUUAUUUGGGUGGCAUGUUCAUGAAAAAGCAUCACUCCACUUUGUCGUCCCUUUGUCUAUUGUUGCAGUGCACAGUUUGGAAGAUGCAAGGCAUUACUUCUUGCUAGCUAUAGUUUCAUGCUACUCACUGUUUCCUCUUCUAUACGAGGCUCAGGAAUAUCCCAUCAAAGUGUUGUUAUUGCUAUUACAUUCCAUUUUAAUGUGGCACAGCUUUUCUGCACAAAUCACCAAGGAUGCAGCAGCUAAAGUGACUGUAUCAGCGAAGACAGGUAAACAAUUGAGUUCACUGGGAUCUUUAAGCGCCACUGUUGAAAAAGAAAGAAUCCUUAUUGGAUGGGUUGGGAAGUGUUACCUGUUUGGUCUUUUGGGUGUUGAAAUAUGGGGCCAGUUUUCGCAUCCUUACCUCCUUGGUGAUAAGCUUCCCUUUGUACCCCUUUUGCUUGUUUCAUUAUAUUGCGCGUUGGGAAUGAUUUACUCAUGGGUAUGGCAGUUGAGGUGUCUGAUGAAAUCCACCUGAUUUUUAAUACUAAGAGUGAUGUUUGUAUCUAAUAAUGCAUCUCCAGCACUCCUUUAUGAUUCA